UUGUUAAGACAUUUCGCUCUCACAGUUGAGCUGUCAGCUGAUCUGGUCAGCAAAGUGCUUUCCUGAGCUCUGAGAGCCCCUAGCAAUUUAAUCCAACCCACGGGAGGGGUCUGCGGAACCCCCGCCUAUGGCAGCAAAGACCCUUGGAAGUGCAACGUCCCGAAAACCUGUCUUAUCGGUUAGUGCGAGAAAAAUUAAGGACAAUGCAGCCGAUUGGCAUAAUUUAAUCCUGAAGUGGGAAGCCCUCAAUGAUGCAGGCUUUGCUACUGCAAAUAACAUUGCCAACACGAAAAUCAGUUUACUGAGUCAAGACAAGAUCGAGUCAGAGAGCCGCAGCCUGGCCUGCGAUGAGAAUGCCGAGCAGAGGCCACGGGAAUACAGCGCGGAACUCGAGGCGCUGUGCGAGGAGCUGCGGGCCACCUUAGACGGCUUGACCAAAAUACAGGUGAAAAUGGAAAAGCUGUCUUCAACCACCAAGGGAGUCUGGGAGCUGGAGAAGUACCAUCACGGGCAGGACAGCAGCCAGCCGCCCCUGUUCCACACGUGGCCCACCGCCCAGUUCUACGAGACUUCCCGCCGCCUCUCGGACAUGUACGGGGCGGAGCUCCUCCUGAAGCGCACCAUCGUGGAGGAGCUGGCACACACCUCGGACCGCGACCUCUCCCUCACCUACCUGUCGCUGUGGCUGCACCAGCCCUACGUGCAGAGCGACAGCAGGCUGCUUCUGGAGAGCAUGCUGCUCGAGACGGGGCACCGGCCGCUGUGACUCCAGGCCCGCCUGCUCCACUGGCCUCUGCAGCGCCCGCGGUGGACAGUCUUGCAUGUGGGACCCAGGGCCGUGCCCCUGCGUCAUGCCCCGGCCACCUCCUUAGGGUCGUCCAGACUGGACCGGUUCACCAGCUCCCCACGGCCUCUGCAGACGCACUGUGAUGCUGCGAACUGUGCCACACAGCGUCACGGUACCCACGGUGAACCUGACACCCCUGAGGACCUCGGCACGAAAUAAAUGAGUUCAACGGCAGGAUGGCGUGACCCUGUUUCUGUAAAGCAGGUAUAUCUUACACAGGUGCAUUUGUGUAGAAAAUCCCUGGUUUUAGAGUUUUUACUUUAUACUUAUCUGUAUUGUUUGAAUUUUUGAGACUAGUUUUGUAAUUACAGCUAAUGUUUAAAAUAACAUAGAGUUUGCCAA